AAAAAAAAAAAAAAAAAGAAGACAUCCCUCCGUGCCUGCACUGCACAGCAAAGACACGCGGCAAUCGUCUAGUCUCCUCUACAACCCUUCCUUCUUUCAGCCUCUCUACCACGAACUUUCUCGAAACCAGCAGUACGGGAAUCUCCUUCCCCAACACAGAGCUCUAGCGAAAACACAUCCAUUUCAUUCGUCUCCUUCUCAUCAGUCACAUAAAUGCCGGCGCCAAAGAACCGAAAGGUGGCCAUUGUUGGCAGUCGUUCUGUUGGCAAAUCAUCAUUGGCAGUCCAGUUCGUAGACGGCCACUUCGUUGACAGUUAUUACCCUACUAUCGAGAAUACCUUCAGCAAAACGAUUCGCCACAAGGGACAGGAAUUUGCGACAGAAAUUGUCGAUACUGCAGGACAGGAUGAAUACAGCAUUUUGAACUCAAAACACUUCAUCGGCAUCCACGGCUACAUGCUAGUCUACUCGGUGUCGUCUUUACCGUCCUUUGAGAUGGUGCAAGUAAUCCGCGAGAAGAUUCUGAAUCAUUUGGGUACCGAAUCAGUCCCUAUAGUCAUCGUCGGUAACAAGAGCGAUCUCCGUCCCGAGCAGCGACAAGUCAGCGCAGAGGAAGGCAAGAGGGUAGCAGAGAAGAUUCAAUGCGGAUGGACCGAGGCUAGCGCACGAUACAACGAGAAUGUCGGAAAGGCCUUUGAUAUCUUGAUUGCUGAGAUUGAAAAGGCCCAAAAUCCAGGCGAGACGGCAGAGGGGGGCAAAUGCAUUCUCAUGUAGGAAAUUAGAGAGAUCACUACAUCAAUUACACUUAUUCUCAAACCCA